GCACAGUUUUGACUCGCUCAAGGUCACUCUGGAAGACCUGUAGUUUGGAAGAAAGUGGUGGAAGAUGCUGAGAUGCACGUGUUUCGACUUUUCCUUCUCUUAGGAUGUACAUUUUUUCGAAUUGUCAACGCAGAGUAUGUUGCUUCAGUAUCAAUACAUUGUUGCAUAGAAUGUAGCGAAAUAACUUUACACAGUCUAACCGUUUCUCUCAAUUUGAAUCCUGACUUAAAACCAGAGCAAAGUAUUUAUGGAUUUAUCAUUACGCUUGAGAAGUAUUCUAGUACAGCAAACUUACCAGGCUUUGGUUGGUUGUCCAACACCGUCACAAACUUGAACUUUGAAAAUCUUUACCGUAUCACUGCAUAUAAAGAAGUGGUUGGUGAUCAUAACAGUGAUAAUGUAACUUCCAACACCAACGUUUAUGGAUUGAUAUCUGUAUACAAAAAUGAAGUGACGGGCUAUAUUAAUGUACCAUCUUCAAAGGUGUUUCCUUCUGGGGCUACAUUGUACCUUGAACCAUUAAAACAGCAGCAACAACAGAAUGAUAACGAAACGCUUCACCCUCCAUCUGCAUGUCACCAGUUCAACGUUCCAUACAAUCUGACUAUAUUUCCUGUAGAUAUGAUAACUCUGGAGAAGCCUACUGAUACCUUAUAUCCAACUGUACAAAAUUUAAAGCAAUUUCAAUCAAUUAAUCAGAAUUCGACAUCAUAUAGACCAGAAAACUUUCAGAGACAAUUUAAUAGAAGAGUGAAACGAUCAUCUACUGAAGUACCGACAAAUACUCCAACUUUGGAUACAGUCCGUGCUGUCCAUCGGCCAGGUGAAACAGAACCAUACAUUAUGGAAUUAUUUAUGGUCGUAGAUGAAACUUUGGCUGCUGAAUUUCGUGGACAAUAUGAUCAACUGGUUUAUCGUGUGAAUAUGAUUAUGGCACUUGUAAAUAAGUUGUUUUCCCCGUUCAACAUUAUCAUAGUUAUUGUCCGAUUAGAGAUAUGGGAACAAGAUCGUAUUAGUUUAAAGGUAGAAGAACAUCAUAUACUCACAGCAUUGGCUCAAUUUAAACGUAUGCAUACGGAUAUACGCCAUGAUUGUUUACAUGCUUUACUGGGCACAAAAGAACAAGGCUCACGUACUCGUGGUAAAGCUAAUCAUAUGACAAUGUGUAUUUAUUCUCGUUGUGUUGGUUACAGCAGAGUUUCACCUACAUUUGACAUUACGGAAACAGCUCGAACUAUGGCGCAUGAACUUGGACAUAAUUUUGGUUUACGACAUGAUACUGAAGAAUGUGAAUGUCAAGGUUGUAUUAUGGCGACAGGUGUAGAAUUUGGUACAACAGUUAUGAAAUGGUCACCGUGUUCUAUAAGAGAUUUACCAGGUUUGUUGAAAUAUGGUAUGGGUGUUUGCCUACACGAUAUGCCAGCACGUGGACGUGUGUCAAUCAAUACUUUUCUUGUGGAUUCUAAAACUGCGACAAAAAAUAAGAAUAAUCACAAAGACAGUAAUAAUAAUAAUCAUUAUUAUUAUCUGAAUAUGUCUGUUCCAAGUGUUGUACAUAUUUAUGAUUGGCAAAGUGAAUCAAAGAGAAAUCCUGUUAGUCGUGUACUGACGCCAGCAAGACAACGUCAUUCUAUUUCGUCGUCGUCAUUAUCACCAUCAGCAUCGUCUAAGCAAUAUAUGGAUGGAUUAUGUGGAAAUGGACAAUUAGAUCCUGGAGAAGAAUGUGAUUGUGGUAGUCAAACCUCAUGCCCAAAAGAAUGGCAAGCAUGCUGUGAUCCAACACGUUGUAAGCUACGUAAAGGCGCUGAAUGUGCUGGUGGACCGUGUUGUGAUAUUGUGAAGACAAAUCCAAAUGGCAGUGGAAAUCAGUCAAGUAUCCAGUGUAAGCUAAAAGCAUCCGGCACUAUUUGUCGUAAUGAAUCAGGGAAUUGUGAUCUACCGGAAUAUUGUGAUGGUCAAAGUCAAUGGUGUCCAGCUGAUGUGUACAAAGCUGACGGAGAAUUGUGCUAUACAGAUGAAGGUCGCCGUGCACAUUGUGUCCGUGGUGGUUGUCGUGAUGCUGAUGGUUGGUGUCGUGUACUAUGGGGGAAAACGGCAACAAUUGCUGAUAAAUAUUGUUUCUAUGAAAACGAAGUAUGGGACAGAAAACCAACUGUGGAUUCUGUGGCUAAUUGUGGAAUUAAUCGACCAUUACCACGUGAUAGAUGGGAAGAUGUGAAAACAUGGUCAGGUAUUGCCUGUGAAACAUGGCAUGAUACAUCCUGUGGUCGUUUAUGGUGUCAUCAUCAAAAUGAAAAAGCUAUGCUUUUAGGUUGGAUUCAAUCACAAACUCGUGUUAUCCAUUCAACUGGUCGGUCUUGCUCAGCCCUUGUUUAUGAUCCAGUUUGGCCUGCUUCAGAUCCUGUAACAUGGGAUAAAAAUAAGCUAACUCAAAUUAAUGCCAACGGUGCUGGAUUCGGAUUAUAUUCAGCUAAUACUCAAGAUGCUGGUAUGGUUCCAGAUGGAACACCUUGUUCUCGAGGUAUGUGUUACAAUGGUUCUUGUAAAUCCAUAGAUGAAAUUCGAUCUCCGCAUUCGUGUUAUUGCAACGGUCGUGGAAUUUGUAAUAAUUUAGGACAUUGUCAUUGUGCACCUGGUUAUAAACCACCAAAUUGUGAAGAAGGCGGUAACGGUGGCAGUAUAGACAGUGGACCGCCUCCAUUUACGCAUCAUCAUUUCUCACAAAUAAUCAAAUCUCAAUUAUGCAAUAAAUCCUUAUUGUCAACAUCAUCUUUACAAGCUUGUUCAAAUUUCCUGCCUAAAUAUUCUGUUACAAAAACCAUAAACAGACCACCAACACCACCACCAACAACAACAACAACUGAGAAAUUGCACCUUUUGAAAACAACACUGAGUAGUAAUACGCGUAAAGUUGAUCCUUUUAAACGAUACCAUCUAUUGUGGAAUCGAUCAAAAUCUUACAUAAUCCCGAUAAGAUCAACAACUGUACAACAAACUAUCUUGUCUAGAACAACAUACCAUCAACGUCAUUUUAUUACUACAACUUUAUCAUCAAGAAGAAUUGAUGACGUCUUCUAUUAUCAUUGGAUUUUCGAUAUCAAGGAUAAUACAUUAUUGGUGAUCAUAUGCAUUCUAUUCUUUGUAAUUCUACCAGCUUGUGGUCUUACAGUCUACUUUUUAUGCAUACGUCCUGGUCGAUGCUUGUUGAGUACAUCAAAAGAAUUCAUUUAUACAAGUAGUGGAUUACGUAGACCAUUUGAUAAAAAUUGCACUGAUUGUUUAUGUCAUUUUUGUAGACGAAGUAGUAAGACCAAAAAGUCAACCAAAGAAAGUAAUAAAUUCAGAAACCCUUAUCCCUUACUUGCCUAUACAACAACCGAUGCACAAGAAACAACGGAUGGGCACACCGUCGUCAUCAAUGGUCGAACAAAUGGUUACCCCAACAAUUAUAAGUCCAGCGGUAAACUAUCAAACGGAGAUACGCACAAAGCAGUCAAGUCAAACACGAAAUCAGUCAGCUUUGAAAUACCAACGUCAAAUAAAUUAUUGUCCGGAGGCGGUGGUAAAACAGGCUCAUAUAAACAUGGCAUACCAAGCAACACCGUGUUUGUCGGUUCCGAAACAGCAGCAGCAACAACGGCAAAAAUCACCACAACAGCGGCAACAAACAAGCAUAUUCACAGAGAACCACAGAAAGCGACAACAAAUGUAAUUUCGAAAUAUGAUCAAAAUGGAAUCGUUGUACCAGAGAUAAAACCAACACAGAUUAUCUAUCCAAAAUAUCCUAAAAUAAGUGAUCAAAUUGUACAUAAAACUAGCACAAAAUUAUAUCAUCAUCAUUCUAAAGAACAACCACCAGCAAUACCCAAUGAAAUGAUGAAUGGUACAGCCAGUUUGAUUUCAGAACCACGUCUUGAAAGAAUGACCUAUGAAGGAUCAAUGUGUUCGCUGAAUGAUGCCGCCGCUGUUAUAAAUACCCUAAAGCGUAAAUCAAAAGAAAGCACUCUUACUGGUAAGAAGACACAAUCGAAUGUCCCCGUAGAAGUAGAAGUAGUAGUAGGAAAUAAUUCUCAAUCCAUUGUAACCACUGCAAAACAAAAAUUACUCAAUAAUAAUGAUUCUACAACAUUACAAACAGGUAAACUACACCUAACACAAACAACACCUAUACGUUCAACUCUUACACCGAAGGAUAUUUCAGAGCCUUUAUUACAAACAACUACAUAUAAUGAAACAUUGUCAGAUUUACAAACAGCUAGAUUAAAAUUGUCUCAAAAAGUAUUUGAACUUUAA